CCUAGUGGGUAGCCUAUGUUAAUCCUUUGGAAUUACCUAGUUUUCUGCAUUGACUGGUCAUAGAAUGUGAUAAGUAUAAACAAACACAAUAUGCUAAAGCUAAUAACACACAGUUAUAAUUUUUUUAUUGUGUACACUAGCCGCGACCCAGAAGGAGAAGCAGCUUUUCAAUCUGAUCUGAAAGAUAAUGCAUUUAUUUAUAAUCUGCUCUUAUCAUACACUGUUUCUCUCAGUGGAUCUGACUCUGGAUCCUGAUACAGCGUUUCACAAACUCAUUCUGUCUGAUGAUCGAAAAAAAGUGACACACAAAGACACAAAACAGGACCUUCCUGACAACCCAAAGAGAUUUGACACAUGUUCCUAUGUCCUGGCAAAGGAGGGAUUCUCCUCAGGGAGAUUUUACUAUGAGGUGCAGGUCAGUGGCAAAACUAAAUGGGAUUUAGGAGUGGCCAGAGAGUCCGUUAACAGGAAGGGGAAGAUUACACUGAGCCCAAAGAAUGGAUUCUGGACUGUGUGGUUGAGGAAUGGGAAUGUAUAUAGAGCUCUUGCUGACCCCUCAGUAUUAUUGUCCCUGAGAGAGAAGCCCCAGAAGGUGGGGGUGUUUGUGGAUUAUAAGGAGGGUCUGGUCUCCUUUUAUGAUGUGGAGUCCAGAUCUCAUAUCUACUCUUUCACUGGUCAGUCGUUCACUGAGAAACUCUAUGCAUACUUCAGCCCUCAUAAUAAUGAUAAGGGUAAAAAUUCAGCUCCACUGAUCAUCUCACUCAUUUCAAAAACUCAGUAAUUCCUCAGUACAGUACAGUAUAAGCAGACACAAUUGUUUUCUGAUUCCAUGUACAGAAAACAAAAUAUGAGUGUAUAAAAAUGAUGUGAAUUUCAUAGCUGGAUCAUUACUCCAUACAUACAUAAUUUAAAAAUGAUGU